UCCGGCGCCUUGCGGGGCUGUGGCUUGGACAGCGCCCGGCGGGGCGUUUGGGGAGCUCGGCGCGGCUCUGGCUUUCUCCUUCUCCCGGGCUGCAGGGGAUCCUCCCGCCGGGGGAAGAUGCGCUCCGGCCGGCUGGAUGGCGGCCGGGGCUGGGCCGGGGGAGGCUCCCAGCUGCGCGGCGGCCCCUCCGGCUGGGAGGCGAGGCUAAGCGGGGGCGGCGACUUGCAGGAGGGAGGCGUGGAGCUCCCGGCGGGCGGAAAGUAAAGUUGGCGCUGCCCGCGGAGAAAAGUUCUUCUUGUCCUUCUUUUUGUCCCCGUUUCCCUUCUUCUUUCUUCUUUGGAAAGGGGGAGAAAGCCCGGGAAAAGGCCGCAGCCCCCUCCUCUCUUUUCCCAUUCAGGCUCUUCCUCUCCGGGAAGAACCGCCCGGCGCCUCUCACUCCUCCUUCCUGCCUUUCUCCCCAUCCCCUUUUUCCUGCUCGACCCCCCCCACUUCUCCUCCUCUUUGCUUUUCUUUCCAUCCCUUUUUUCCCUGCUCGUUUCCCCCUCACCCUUCCUGCUUUCCUCCCCAUCCCUCUUUCCUGCCCGACUCCCCCCCCCCGCACACCUCCUCUUAGCUUUUCUUUCCUUUCCCCCGCUCGUUCCCCUCCCACUCCUCCUCCCUGCUCUUCUCCCAUCCCUCUUUCCUGCGCGUUUUCACCCCUUUCCCUCCUCCCCCCCGCGCAAUUCAGGAUGUCGCCCACCCAAGCGCUGCAACUCUGGUGCAAGCAGCAGUGCGAAGGCUACAAGGGCGUCUCCGUCACCAACAUGACCACCUCGUUCCGGGACGGGCUGGCCUUUUGCGCCAUCCUGCACCGCCACAGGCCGGACCUCAUAGACUUCACUUCCCUGAGCAAGGAAAACGUCUUCGAGAACAAUGCUCUGGCUUUCCGAGUUGCGGAGAAGGAGCUGGGCAUCCCCGCUUUGCUGGACGCAGAAGAUAUGGUGACCCUCAGGGUGCCCGACCGGCUGAGCAUCCUCACUUACGUCUCCCAAUAUUACAAUUACUUCCACGGCAAGUCACCCAUUGGAGGGAUGGCUGGAAUCAAGCGCCAGGCUUCCCAGCCCAUUGAGCAGCCGACCGAGAAAAAAGUGGCCCCCGAGCCGAGGGCCCCGAGUUCAACCCAGCAGCCAGCGAGACCCCCUCUUCCUCUCGAGCCCAAAGCAGAGCCAGCUGUGGUGGGGCGCAGAAUGGGGAUGGAGACCUCUCCCACGGUCGAAAGACGGGUCUUAGCCGAGAGGAACAAUGCCCAGCCGAGCAACUGUGCCGUCUGCGGAACUCACGUCCACUUGGUGCAACGCCUCCUGAUGGACGGGAAGCUGUAUCACAGGAAUUGCUUUAGGUGCAAAAAAUGCUCCAGCACUUUGCAGAGCGGGAACUACAAAGCGGGGAUCAGCCCCGGAACCUUCCUUUGCAACCGCCACGCGGGAGCUGACUCGGCGCAGGCUCCUCCUGCCCAGGAGAGCCGGACGGAGAAGAAGACAGCCGCUUCCAAGACCCCUGCAGGGAAUGGUGGGAAGGGGCUGGGGCUCACGCCGGACGCCUCGCCGGUGCCCAAACCCCGUAGGGCCUUCCAAAGCAACGUGACUCCCCAACCGGCAGCCGCUCAGGAACCGUCCAAUUCCCGGAGUCCUAAAUCCGGCGGGGUCUCCCCAAGUCCAAACCUCCUUCGGCCGCACCCUCCCGCCCCAGCGCCGGACCCGCUUGUGGCUUCCCCUUCGAUGGAAGUGCACUCCCGAAUCCAGCAGGCGCGGGAGAAGUUUUUCCAGGCUGAUCCGGGCACUUCUGACUUCCCUGCGAGGAAAGUGGAACCGGCGAAAAGUCUCAGCUCUCCUGCGCAGCCUGUCCUAAUCCUUGAGAAAACGCCCGUCUCUCGAACUCAGGGCCCCGUCGGUAGCAGCGACAGCAAGAAAGACGAAGCCCGGAGCGUCCUUCAGCGUGCCUUACCAGGACCACAGCCAGGAGGCGUUGGCCUCGCAGCGCCCCGAUCCUUGGCGCACAACAGCCCAUCUUCUCCUGUCCUCUCUGGUUUGCGGAGUCUUCAAGUCCAGAAUCCCCCAGCUAGCAAACCCUUGAACAAGCCAGCUUUGGCAGACACCCCAAAAGGGGCAGAAACGCCGCAUCUCCCCAAGGAUCCUAGCCACAAAUGGUGGGUCGGAGCUGAUCCCCAGAACAAAAUCAAGGAUGGGUCCACCGGCACAUCGGCCGACGCGGGACGUAAAUGGGACACCAAGGUGGCUAAAGUGAAAGUUUCCCUCGGGGCAGAAGAGAAAUUGGAGAGCCCGGAAGACUGGAGAUCCAGGCUGAAGCCGGUCAAGUGA